AUGAAGCCGUAUGCGCUCCUGGCCUUCGCCGCCCUGUGGUGGCACGCCUUCGCUCUACCUCAAAGUGAGGCCGACUUGGUGUACUGUGGAGAGGCUCGCUAUCUUCCGUCAAGGUACACGUGCUACGAGGGGAACUUUCUGUGCCCCGUGAUUAAUGGAGUUCCUACACUCAAAUGUGGCAUGGACUGCUAUCUGCCGGAUAUGUGCUCGAACGACCGCCUCGUCUAUCCUCCUGUGUCUGGAACUUCUCCGAGUCCGUCAUCAACGCGGACCGCCUCCGCGUCGCCUACAGGUUCCACGGCUUGCCCAAGUCCCGCUACCCAGCUGCAACUGAGCGAUCCUCCGUACGAGAACUACUUCUACUCGGACUGUCAUGCCAGCAACCAAGUGGUCAUUACCAGUCCUUUAGAGGAUAGCAAUCUGACCAUAAUCGGACCGCGGCUAUUGGUUGCAUGGCCAGCAGGAAACAGCGGUGUCGUCGCCUUCUUCGAACCGCAAAACGGAGUGAACGGAUCCUUGACGCUCAGCUUGGAAAACUCUACCGCAACUGGCGGAGCCCUAGCCCCUGUCUACAGUGCAUCCUCAACUGCAUCCGGCAACCCGCUGGUCGGAGUUCAGGGUUAUAUCCGGCUCAGUUCUCCGGCCGUUCUUGAUGUAGCCAUCCUCGGCAGUAUACGGACAAUUCGUGACUUCACUGAAGGGCCCAGUAUCCUCAUCCCACGGAUUCAAGACGCAAUAGAAUUUAACGAGCUAGACGGAGGAGAGUUCUCGCUGAGCAGAAGAUGGCUCGACAAUGAGACAACGACAUACCUAAACUUCGCUCCCUCGGCUGAUGAUGAGAAUGCCAGUAUAACGCUCAACAACCGAACACUCGAAUUUGAAGCAGGCCUCUAUUUAUUCAGCGCCUCGUUCGACUACCCACAACUUGACCAGCUCAGUCCUGAAGAGGUUUUGAACCCGGCCUCACGGGAUCUGAUAGCCCAAAACCCGGACCAAGCUGCGUCACUGGCAUUCUUGUCUUACACGACGAAGCUGCUAGCGGGAGCUUGGCGGUUUCUGACCUACUUUGGCCGCGACAGUAUGAUCUCAGCCCUCCUGCUCCAGCCUGUCCUGAGUGAGGGUGAAAACGGAGCCAUGGAAGCAGUUAUUUCCGCCGUGCUCGAACGUAUCAAUAGUACGGAUGGUAGCGUUGCACAUGAAGAGACUCUCGGGGACUACGCCACGUAUCUGAAUCUGCAGAACAACAUUACCAGUACGGCUCCGAUCUACGACUACAAGAUGAUCGACACGGACUUUUUCCUCCCUGUCCUGAUGAAGACCUACUUCGUAGACACGGCCACCGGACAAGAGAGAACAUCCGCCUUCUUCGAAACGACGGCAACGGUAGAUCCAGCGAACGAAGGACUUUCAUACGCGGAUCUAGCCCUUAUUAGUGCAGAGAAGAUCGUGAACUCCUCCGCACCUUUCGCCUCAGCCGGUGGGCAGACGACUGAAAAUCUGAUCCGUCUAAAGGAGAGGGAAAUCGUAGGCAAUUGGCGAGACAGCACUUACGGCAUAGGAGGCGGACGCAUUCCAUACGAUGUCAACACUGCAUUGGUACCUGCGGGACUCAGAGCCAUUGCCGCACUGUCUGCAGCCGGUUUCUUCCCUGAGCAUCCGGACUGGAACGAGACGGCGGCUCAGUACGCGCAGGUUUGGGAAGAUGAGACGUUGCAAUUCUUCCAGUUGAAGGUCACCGUUGAACCGGCUGAAGCCCGCGAUCUUGUGGAAUCUUACGUCGAGGAAUCAGGCUUCGCCGGUCCAGUCACCCAGAAUAUUACAGACACCGUGACCUUCUACGGCCUCGCACUUGAGGGCAACAACGACCAGCCCCUCGUGCGCGUCAUGAACACAGACGAUUGCUUCCGGCUCUUCAUGCUGAAUAGCACAAACCAGACGCAGCUAAGUGCGUUCUUAGAUCAGGCAGCAAGACACGUCAUGGACCCCUUCCCCAUCGGACUCUCAACAUCUAUCGGACUCGUUGUCGCCAAUCCUGCCUACGGAGGGGAUCCUGUGUACGCAGCCAACUUCACGAACAACGCCUACCACGGCACCGUGGUUUGGGGCUGGCAACUAGCUAUGAUGGCCCGAGGGUUGGAGCUUCAACUAGACCGCUGCAAUCCUGAUACUGGCGAUGUGCCGGACUACUGCGGAGACACCCCACUCUACGAUAGGGUGAGAGCGGCGUACAACCACCUCUGGGAUCUGCUCGAGCAGAACGAGGAAAUCCUGAGCGGCGAGGUCUGGAGCUGGGUGUUCGAAAAUGGAGACUAUGUCUACACACCGUUGGGAGAGCUGCCGCCACCACCAGGGCAGAAUCCGACGGAGAGUAACAUCAGGCAGCUCUGGAGCUUGACGUUCUUGGCUGUUACGAGGAAUGAGGGGCUGAGAUAA